ACUUCAUUAUUAGGAAAUAUUCAAGGAAGAAACGCAAAAGCAUUUCGAAAAUUAAGUUAGGCGAUUUUAAGACGCUUUCACAUACGGAGUCCUAAAAUCUGCCUAGGAAGUCAUUAAACAAUGGCAAACGUCUUUACUAAAAGAAGUAAGAUACCUCGUUCUACUACAUUGGGUGAUUUUGGAUAUCGAAGUCAAGCAUUAAGACAACUCAACAUAUCGCUAAAUAAAGAUAAAGGACCAGAGAUAACGAGAAUACUAUCACCAACAAGGCGACAGAAUCCCCAACCAAUCGGUCUGGUUUAUCAGAGUCCUUAUAACAGAUAUAAUAACGUAUUUGGAAUAUGGAAUCCAAACCAAAUGAUGCCUGUGAUGAGAUGCGAACAAACUCUUCCACAUUUAAGACGAACCAACUUCACGUGCCAACAUGAUAUAUCAUUACUCAAGAGAUAUAUGGCUCCCGCUGAUCCCGGAGCUCCUGUACAACGAAAAGAACCUGAGAUAAAAUUUAAACAAUGGACAAUUCAACGUAAAUCUUAUAAAUGGCCACCAGAGGUACCAGAAAAAUUCCAAGGAAUGGUGAAGCACACGAGGUUUGGCCACACUCCAUACGGAGAAGGACCAGCGUCCCGAACGUCAUCUCCCGUAUUCCAAGCACCGACACCAAGUGCUUACCCAGAAGGGGUGACAAAAGUGGAGUUCCGAGUGAAGCCCUCAAACCGACAGCAAGACCCCCAUCCUCGAGACAAGCACAAACGAAAUCAAACGCAAUCAACAACAAGAAUCUUCCACAUCCGGCCCCACCCAUAUACGGAAGGAAAGAAUCCACCAGCUACAGGUCCCGGAUCUUUUCCUGUGAGCCUUCCGUUGCAUAAAAAAGGACAGAGAAGGCCACCAAAAACGCACAGACAAUGCUGUGAACGUCCUGUUGUGAUAGUUUGAAGAAUUACUAUAUUACAUCUAUUUCAUAUAUUUUU